AUGCCCACAUCUUAUGGAAUUUUCAGAUGGGUUGCUCCAAAUCGAGCAGAUGCAGUAUUUGAUGUCGAUGGUUAUGACUCUCAGUGCUCUUUGACCCUCAAUCCAGCGCUUCCAAAUUUCGGCACCGCGUCAGCAAAAUUGAAUUACGAUACUACAGAACAACUCACGGGUACACAUAGUUUCGAGGGCCACAUUGCACACACGGCAUUGGAUCGUGGACACAAAUCUAUUGAUAGUCAAAGUUGGCGCAUCCUUCAGGAGAGACUAAAACUUAAAACACUGAAAUUGUUUAUAAGACACCCCACGUGCUAUUGCAGAGUGCACCCCGACUCCGUCGGGGCCGCUAACCUGCGGUUGUAUGUUGGUCGCCGCCAUCGACCUAUAGAUGUCAACUGUUUUUGUUAUCGUUACAGCAGUGCUAAUUCAGAAAUAGAUGUUCCAGUAGUUGGCUGGGCCCACUCCCAGAAACGACAUCAUAAUAGCACUUUGGAGAAUGACAAUCUUGCUGAUAUCUUCACCGGGAUUGAAGAGGACUUCUAUCAAUGUAUAAAAGAUUGA